AUGAAAGACACGAUCACUGACAUCUCCAGUGACGCGGCAGGCGGCGUUAGAGGAGACCCGUGCAUCCUCUCAUCCAAACUUAUCCACCAAUGUCGCCUAUUACUCGCCGAACUCGACGUCUUCCAAUCCGCAAUCGCCUCGCGGUUCCGCAAACAUCAGCAACAGCGACAUCUCUCCGAAACGCGGACACUGAGGACAAAUGUCUCCUCAGAGCUGAGAAAACUAGAAAAACUAGCUGCUGAAGCCAACACUAUACAAGCAAGGAAACGCGCGUGUGUUGGAGAGAAGGGAGAGGAGGAAGGGGACGAAUAUGUGGAAUUAAGUAUGGAAGAAAGCCGGAUUUUCCAUGCACUUCGCUCGUCGAAUCUGCCGUUUUACUACACGCUGUGGACGAUUGCGAAACAGCAUUGCAGAGGCGUGGUAGGAUUCUCAAAGCGGUUUUACUGGGAAAGGGAUAAGAGGCCAAUGCAUGAGAGAGAGAAGGAGGCAGUGGACGUUGAUGGGAAGAUGACGAAACGGAAGCUCGUCAAUGAGGAUAAAAAGAAGAGUGUGUUUGUGGACGUCGUGCAUCAAGAUGGAGAGGAAUGGGUGAAGAUCUCGACAAUUACGGAAAAUCGGCUUGUUAUGGAAAUGGCUGAGAAAGGGUGGGGGAUGGAUAGUGAUGAGGAGGAGGGGGAUGGUUCUUACGAUUCACAGCAACGAACUGUUCUACGAAAUAAUGACUCUGAAGAAGAUGACGAUGAUGAUCAGAUUGAAUUAAUUAAGGUGGCUAGUGAUAUAGUCAAGGCAGCACAGGCUUGUCGUGUGAGAUACAAGAAUCCACGUGUGCGUAUCAUCCUCUCGAGGCUUGAAGAAGGUAAGGUCCCUGAAAUCGACCAUGUCCUGGGGAUAGUGCGAAGCUAUGGCGUGACAGUGGAAUUUGGUACGAACAUACCCGACAUCCUCAGCGACGAGGCGUUAGGUGACCGUGAUCCAAAUUCAAUAUCUGAGGAUGAUCUGCCACUCUCAACUUUGCUCCCAAACCCAUUUGAGAAAUUCACCUCUGUUGUUAAUGUUGACUGCACUAUUCUCCUCGCUGUGGUGUCGGACCUUUCUCAUAUACAACAAAUCGAACCAUCUCCCAGUCACCACGACGUCAUUCGAAGGCAGAUCGAGGUGGAAGAGGAAAUAUCUCUACUCACGGCAGAGCUAUGGCCUGCAAUGGCCGGUCAUCAUAUUGUCUGCACAAAGGAAGCAGUGAAUAGAAUGAGAGAGAUUGUUGAUAGCGUUGGCACCGACACUGAGAAGAAGAGAGCUACUAUUUUCCUGGGUGAAGGCGAAUUUCAAGGACUUAGUAGAGAGGAACUUGUUGACCAGUUCCAAAAACUUUCAGAUCAUGCCGUUCCAAGAGAGUGGGCACUUCCCAUAAAACCCGUGGAAGCUGGCAAGGAGAUAGAUGAUGCUCGACAACAAAACAGAUUACCACCUGUUGCUAGCCAAGUCAUGGAAAUUUUGAGUGACAUCAAUCGCAGCGUCUUCUUUUAUGGCUGGGUUAGAAAUAUCGUCACAAUAACGAGCAACAAGACCGUUGUCAAACAGAUCGAAAACGUGAUAGAAAGGAACCGAGGCGAUGACAAUAAUCUGGAGGGCCCGAUGGUUUGGAUAUGUGACACGGCUAGAAGUUUGAUUGGCAAGGAAAGAAAUCGAAAGCCAUAA